AUGUUGAAGUUUCUCUGGUUUGAAGAUAUUAAUCAAGAUCCCCCGACCCUCAAAGAAUACGAGUUUCGACGUCGGCCAUUUGGUCUAACCCCCAGUCCUGCUAUCUUACCCAGCACCAUAUCUCAUCAUCUUUCAAGAUACAAGGAAAUUGAACCAGAGAUAGUCUCAUUGUUGCUCGAGUCUCUGUACGUUGAUGAUUUCGCCGGUGGAGCUUAUGAUGAUGAUGAUGAAGCCUUACAUAUCUAUCGCACAUCUCACGAUCUAAUGGGCAAAGGUAGGUUAAAACUUCGAAAAUGGCAUUCGAAUUCUGCCUCCAUACGAGAUUUCAUCGCAACCCAAGAAGACGCAAAUGGAAGUGUGAAAGACGCAGUAACGAACGCGAAUUCAGAAUCCACUUAUCACAACGUCGAUACCAUGUUCAUCAUCGCAAAAUUCUUCAGUAUCGAAAAGCAAUUGCGCUAAGAUUCUCGGGAUUAGUUGGAACGAGGACAGUGAUGAAUUUUGUUAUGACCUCGGCGAAUUAGUUGAAUAUGCGAAAUCCCUUUCCGCAACUAAACGAUCAGUGUUAAAGCUUUCCGCCAAAGUAUUCGACCCCAUUGGUCUUUUCUCUCCAUUUACAGUUACCAUGAAAAUGUUGUUUCAGACACUGUGUACCACCAGCGUGAACUGGGAUGACGAGUUAGAUGGCAAAGCAUUAACGGCUUGGAAAUCUCUCGUAAAAGAUUUACAAGCCCUGAGUGAUAUACGAGUACCACGAUGUUAUUUUCAACGUCUAAACGAACUGUUUCGAACACACGAGAUUCACGGGUUUUGUGAUGUGUCUGAUCUUGCGUUUGCGGCAGUGGUGUAUCUUCGCACAGCACACAGCAAUGGAGAUAUUGAAGUGAAUUUGAUUGCAUCCAAAACACGAGUUGCGCCUAUCAAAAGACAGACUAUACCACGAUUUGAACUGUUAGGAGCAAAUAUAUUAGCACGAUUGGUCGAUUCUAUUAUUCAAGCACUCACGUCGAUUAAGGAAAUUGCCGAUGUUGUUUUAUGGACGGACUCGUUCACCACAUUAUGCUGGAUCCGAAACCAUAAAGCAUGGAAGACGUACGUCCAGAACCGAGUAAACGAAAUCAGAGAGUUAGCAAGCAACUACGAAUGGAGACAUUGCCCGGGGGAAUUAAAUCCUGCUGAUUUGCCUUCUCGGGGAUGCUCGGGACGUGAACUCGCCGAAGCUGAAACGUGGUGGAAUGGUCCAAAGUUUCUCAAGGAGUCUAAAGAUCAAUGGCCAGUUGAUCCACAACCUACGAGUAAAGACAACGACGAAGCUUACAAUGAAGUGAUGAAAAACCCACAUCCAAUUGUACAUUCCUUGUCUGGAAUAUCGUUAAAUGGUUCUGUCCAUAUUGAGAGAAUUCUCGAUCCUCAGAGAUACAACACGAAGACUAAGUUACUUCGCGUCACAGCAUUAGUAAUCCGAUUUAUAAAGAAGACUAGAAAACAACCGUGUACACUUUCACCUGAAGUAAACGCUGAUGAAUUAAAAGAAUCCGAGAAAUUAUGGAUCCGUAUUCAGUCGACAGACUUUGCCGAGGAGAUCGAAUGUAUUCACAAUGGUUGUAUGAACUCACGAGUUAACCAGCUUGGUUUAUUUGUCGAUGACGAUACGAUUAUCCGUUGGGACGGUCGAAUUGGCCACUCCACGAUGCCUGACGAUGCAAAGCAACCAAUCCUUUUGCCCCCAAAGCAAGAAUUUACCAGGUUAAUCAUUCGCGAAGCUCACGAGUUAGUACAUCACGAUGGAAUUAGAGAAACUUUAAAUUGCGUUCGAAGAAAAUAUUGGGUUCUACGUAGUCGAGAGAGUGUUAAAAGAAUGGUAAGAAGAUGCGUGACGUGUAAAAGGUUUGAGGCUAAACCCUUUGCUGCAGCUAAAGAACCAGCUUUACCGUCAAGUCGAGUCAACGAUGAGCCACCAUUUAGCAACACUGGUAUUGACUUUGCUGGUCCCCUAUACGCUAUGGCGAAUCGAGAAUCGAAGAAAGUCUAUAUCUGUUUAUUUACCUGCGCCUCUACUAGAGCCGUCCACCUGGAACUUGUCCCGUGUUUAUCCGUAUCUUCAUUUCUUCAAGCCUUUCGACGCUUUGUUUCCCGAAGAGGUUUGCCAUCACGAUUAAUAACGGACAAUGCUAAGACUUUCAAGAGUGCAUCCAAAGAAGCAAAGAACAUCUUGCGAUCUUCCGAAAUUCAACGAGAAAUGGCAUCUAGAGGGGUGCAAUGGGAAUUCAUCAUAGAAAAGGCACCCUGGCAAGGAGGAUUUUACGAACGAAUGAUACAGAGUACGAGGAGGUGUUUUAAAAAGAUUCUUGGACGAUCUUCUAUGGACUUCGAGUCAUAACGAACACUCUUAGUGGAAAUCGAAACGACGAUAAAUAAUAGACCACUUACGUAUGUCUAUGGCGAUGAGGAAGGAGUGUCGUACCCCCUUACACAUUCUCAACUAGUCUACGGUAGACAAAUCUCAUUAAUGCCAAGUGAUCGACAGUUGGAUAUUAUCAGUACUAACCGAUCAUUGACCAGGAAAGCGAAGAAUCAAAGGCGCUUACUGGACCAAUUUACUAAUCGCUGGAGAACGGAGUAUCUAUUAAGCUUUCGAGGGACAUCGCGCGUUCUUCAUGGAACAGAAAAGGAAACAAUAUAUAGCCGUUGGUGACGUAGUUGUGUUGAAGAAUGACUCAACUCCACGAAUGUUUUGGAAGCUUGCACGAGUCAAGGAGCUUAUUAAAAGUCAGGACGGUGUAAUUCGGGCGGCAAAGAUUUGCGUGGUAAAUUCGGGAAAAGGGCGUGUGAUUGAAUUACGACGGCUUAUACAACAUUUAAUUCCUCUGGAGCUGAAAUUGAGUCCAGAUACAGAAAACGAUGUGUCUCCAGCUGUUGAAAGUGCACCGAAAGAAGAAUCAACCAGACAGCGACCGAGACGAAGCUAA